GUUUUCGCUGUUGAUUUUCACGAAUGAUCUGUCCAUUUAAUAGAUUCCGGAGUCACAGAAACGACUGCAUGACUGCAUAAGGGAAAAAGCUAUCCUGAUCAUUUGCCCUGGAUAUAAACUGGUUAUGGACGUUAACUGCUUUGAGCGCAUCGCCUGUCCGCGCCUGAAAAACGCUCCUUGUCCCUUUAAAAUAUCAUCCCCAUAAGCUGGUCCUGCAGCUCCACCCAAGAAGCGACAACAUGGCGUCGGGCAGCAUCGCGGAGGUCGGCGCUGAGAAGCCGGAGGAUGCGGCACCGCUGCUGGGAUGCGCGUCCGACAAAGAGCCCAGAUUAGUGCUGUACCACUGGACGCAGUCCUUCAGCUCCCAGAAGGUGCGGCUUGCCAUUGCUGAGAAGGGCCUGAAAUGUGAGGAGUAUGAUGUCAGCCUCCCCCUGAGCGAGCACAAUGAGCCCUGGUUCAUGAGGCUGAACCCGGCCGGCGAGGUGCCCGUCCUGGUGCACGGCGACCGGGUCCUCUGUGACCCCACGCAGAUCAUGGACUACCUGGAGGAGCACUUCACAGACGAAAACACGCCUCGCCUCAUGCCAGCAGAGGGCAGUAUGUUCCUUCCCAGGGUGCAGCACUACCGGGAGCUCCUGGACUCCUUGCAGAUGGACGCUUACACGCACGGCUGCAUUCUGCACCCGGAGAUCACGGUGGACUCCCACAUCCCCGCUUACGCCUCCGCCAGGAUACGCGCACAGAUUGGAAACACGGAGUCCGAGCUGAAGAAGCUGGCAGCAGAGAAUCCAGAACUGCAGGACGCCUACAUCGCCAAGCAGAGGCGCCUGAAGUCCAAGCUGCUGGAGCACGACAACAUGAAGUACCUGAAGAAGAUCCUGGAUGAACUGGAAAACAUCAUGGACCAAGUGGAGACGGAGCUUCAGAGGAGAAGCGAGGAGACCCCAGAGGAGGGAAAGCAGGCCUGGCUCUGCGGUGACUUCUUCAGCAUGGCCGACGUGUGCCUCGCCGUCACGCUGCAUCGCCUCAAGUUUCUGGGCCUUUCCCGUCGCUACUGGGGCAAUGGGACCCGGCCCAACAUGGAGGCAUAUUACGAGCGCGUCCUCGCCCGCCCGGCCUUCCGCAGGGUCCUUGGGAGUGUCAACAAUAUCCUAAUCUCCGCUGUGCUGCCUGCAGCUUUCCGAGUGGCCAGGAAAAGGGCCCCCUCCUUCAUCGGCAUCGCCCUGCUGGCUGGGGUCUUGGGGGGGGGUGGCUAUCUGGCCUUCCUCUUCCUCAGAAAGCGACUCUCUAUUUCACGCUGAGGAUCCAGAAGCUCUUUCCUCGUUCGAGUUACUUUUGCUCGUCGCUGAUGUGUAAACGCGCUACCGUGACAUAUAACUGCACUUUUAUUUGUUUCGCUUUUUGUCGCAUUUUUCAAAGACCAAAUGCAGAACUUUCUAGAUGACCUGCAGGAUUGAGAGCCACAGGAGCCACUGUCUAGCAGAAGUCAGAUUCCAAACGACAAGUUGGGUCCAGCUUCUGACCUGUGGAAAUUACGCACGACCGUAUUUCACAGGUUUACCAAAGCUGACAUGUCUGCUCUGUGUUUCAGUAGAAGUGCUCUGGAGAAUGUACUGCCAGCAUAAACAUCAUGUAGACAUGUAUGACCAGUCAUGAAAAACCAUUACAAUCAGAGAUUUGGCGCAGGUCUGCUGGAGCAACUGGGCACCGAACGUUUAGGUCAGAGGAGUGUGACGGUAUUGUGCACAUAGCAGCUGAUUAACUGCGGUAUGGUCAUGGAAUACGUCCAGUUUAAACUGCUUCUUAGAUAGAAGGAAAAUAAAAACAGAGGCAAAAAGUGGCUUCACACUUUACUGGCAGAUCACUCCUGUGCUUUUCUGAAUGCAGGACACUCAGCUGUACUGGCUGAAACUGAACAACUGCUACCAAAGUCAGACAGCUUAAAAAUAAUACAAUAAUGUAAUCCUAUGGUGAAUAAGAACCAGGGCUUCAGUUCAAGCAGUGAAAAGUAGAUUUAGGUCAUUUUAUGCAGAAAUCCUGAUUGUUCUGCAAGUAGAGAUGCGCCUCAAUGCUAAAUUGUACAGCCGAGUAACAUUUGUCUAUAUUGUGGUUAAAUUUUAUUUAUAAACUUUAAUAAAGGAAGAAGUGAAUUA